AUGAACAUGCCUCAGGCAAGGGAGACGGUUCGAGGACGAGGAACGAGAAGGGCGCUCGCGUUUUCUCUCGACGCGCGAUUGAGACAUGUCUUGAAGCAAUGCGGUCGGCGCUUCGAUCUGGUUUUCGCGACGCCCCGUGCUGUAAGCUCGGCAGUUAAAGUUCCUUCCGGCCAGGCCGCUCCCUUAUUUAUCGUCGCAAACCCCAUGCGAGCAAUCUGCGCUUGGAAAUCGAGGAUAUCAAAGCCGGGCGCCAUGGAUUGCGAUAAGAGGCGGCGGCAACGGUGGCCUUUUGACGCAGCAAUCGCCCUGGAAAGGCCGUGGAACCGAUGGAACUCGGCGUCACGACGAUGCUUGAAUGCCUUUGAUCCCCCUCAUCCAGCCUCUCUGAGCAAGGUUACACUAGCCGACCCAACUUUGCGUCGCAAUCCCGCCUCAGCCACGAUUUCUCAGUUCCGGAUUCCUGGGCAUUGA